UAGUUGUACGCAUUUUGUCCUCUGAUGUAGGCUUUGAUGGAUUGUUCUGCUCUUUAUUAUGUCAAUACUUUUUAUUUCAGAAAUUUUCAGUACGUGAGAAUCAAUGAUGAAGUCUGCAGUGACAACUGUACUCAUUCUAGCAUCGCUUGCUUCUGCAGCAAAUGCACUGCAGUGCUAUACAUGCAGCAGUCUAAUAAGUUCUUCUGGUUGCGGUGAAAAUGAUUUUGACCCUAAUACAGCCUCUAAGACGACAUGUGCCAACAACGAGGUUUGUGCGAAAGCCGUUGUUGGAGAUGUUGUCUCACGUGCUUGCAGCCCUAUAGGUGAAGGACUAACAGAUAACAAAUGCUUUCCUGUCGAAGAGGCUUCUACGAAUAUUUGCUAUUGCUCUACUGAUUUGUGCAAUAGUGCAUUGAGCAAAAAUCUUGGUCUUGUCUUAGCCUUCAUUGCCUUUAUGACCGCCAAGUAUCUGUAGAGCCAGUGACUUACCUGUAUCACAUAUUCCAAUGGCUGUUUGUAGUAUCAUUUUAAUAGGCCUACACGUGCUCUUUAUUUGGCAUGUUAGCUUAGCUUUAAUACUUUUACAAUAUACAUAUAGCGACAUAUAAGUGAGAUACGAUAUGGAAUGAUGUGUUUAUUACGAGCUAAAAAUUAGAGUUUAAUGCCUGUUUGUAGUAUCAUUUUAAUAGGCCUACACGUGCUCUAUAUUUGGCAUGUUAGCUUAGCUUUAAUACUUUGACAAUAUACAUAUAGUGUGACAUAUAGGUGAGAUGCAAUAUGGAAUUAUGUGUUUAUUACAAACUAAAAAUUAGAGAGUUUUAAUGCCAAUAUGUAUGAAAUAAACCCUUAAGCGUUUUACAGUAAUGUUUUAAUGAUAGGCCUACAUUUUGAACGUUAAAAAAAGUAGAGGAAUCUGCGAGUGUGAAAAGCUUUACCACACAGGAAGACGCCUGAACUAACAUGGCCAUUCAGGCUUUGUUUGUAGUACAUUAUAAUAUAAUAUCAUAUAUAAUUAUAUUACAUGCAUUGACAGCAGACGGUCCUGGUUUAUGUAUAUAUAAUUUCCCCCGCUAUUUUGCUCUUCGGACAUCCCUUCCCCGUGACAUUUUCCCCCCACCCACUAGGAAAACUAGGACAAUUGCCUCCCGGACUCUCCCCCCCCAACCCCUCUUUUACUUCAUGCGCUAAAUAAAACAAGAAUGUCUAUACAAGGAAUACAUCAAGAUUUAUCGUUAUUUUCAAUAAAAAAAAAUCUUUAUUUUUUAAUUGCAUAAGUAACAACAAUAUUUACAUGGGAAAUAUUCAUACAAAAUGUAUCUAAAUAAUAUUAGAAAUGAUUUACCGUACAGAAAGUCUUCUAAUUCCCCGUUCAGCAACCUUUUAUCAAAUAUUUAACACUCAGCCGCGACCCUUCGACCUCAAAUUAUCCUGAGAAAUAUUGGCCAAAUUAUCCUAAUUAUCCUGAGAAAUAUCUGCCAAAUUAUUAAAUAUUUUAUUAUUGUGGCCUGCUUUUAGCAACGGCCUUGAGUUUAUUGUUACCUUACAUCAUUUGAUUUUAUCUUUUUUUGCUAAGUUUCUAUAGAAUUGCUCACCCUAUCGGAGACAGUCGCCGACUGUUGUAGGGAAGGUUAAACCUGGUUCAACUUUGCCGAUUGGGUUGCCGACGAAUCGGGGUGCCUUAGAAAUGCACCCUGAUUUGUCUGCAACGCAAUCGGCAAAGUAUUUUCAACCUUCUCAACAACUGUCACCGAUGGGGUGAGCGAUUCUAUAGAAACUAAGCUUUAAAGAAAGAUUUCAUUUAAAUGUGAAAAAAAUGAACAUACCUAGUUAUACCUUGUUAUUUUGCUUCGAUAUUUUCUAGAUUCGAGGACGUAUAUUUACAUUUUGAUCACUUGCGAGAGAUAUCGAUGUUUAAUGAAUUACUUUUUUGAGAAGUUAAAAUUUGAACGUGUAUAUUUUGUGUCACACAAAAGAUGAUCAUCAAAUUUAAUACCUAGGCCCGUUAGUGCGAUGGUUUACUUCUCGACAGAAAGUUAUAUUCAAUCCGACACUGGAGCGGCGAUAAUGACAUACUCCUCAAGUUAGCAUAAAGGGCCACUGUUUUCAGUCUUUUUUUCGAUAAUUUUGGGCAAUUUUUGUUGGGCGUAUUUUAGUAGUAAAUUCGCGUGUUAUGGACAAUCCGAACAUAAGCAUAUAUAAUGCUCGUAUAAGACGACCCCACGUUUUUCAAUCAUAAUUUGCUAUUUUAAUAUUUGAUCUUAUACGCGAGAAUAUACGCGACGAUUGAAAUCCAGCCUUACAUAUCACGUUGUUGUCGUAAAUGGCAUUAGAAACUUUGUUGCAACCUGGUUGAUGUCUUUUUUUUAUUUUAUAUAAAAAUUUACAAAUGGCUCCUGUUUAAGUCAAUGUCAAACUAAUGCCUGGGUUUUCUUAAGAAUCGCUACACUAUUUGUACAGUUUUUUUUCUGCAAUCUAGCAGAAUAGCACUGGCGUAGUAGUCUCCGACAAAAUAGGGAAAGCUCCCCGAUACGACCAAUUUUGUGAAAGCGACGAUUUACAUGCAUCGGGAUUCGGUUGUUGGCAUUCUUUUGUCGGCACUUUCGUUUUUACCAUCAAUUAUACCAAGGUGUAAAAAUGUGGAAUAACUUCUCAUAACUAUUAAAUUCUUAAAAUCAUAUUUCUUUUUUCAAAAGGCAGCUCCAUAAUCAACUCAACAAUAAUAAUAUUUUUACCUGUAGCUAAGUUAGUUAAUUCUGCCCUUCUGUUUUGUAUGGGGAUUCAUAGUAAAGGCUCAGCCUGUUUUGAAUGCCAACCGAUAUGAGUGUCAACCGAUAGUAUAUGAUCACGUUCCAUGAUAGAUUAUAUCCACAGAGUGCCCCUAAGCCAAAAUUUCAAAAUUGAAUAAAUUGCGUUUUUCCGAAUCACGACACAAUGAGUAGAUUUAGGCCUACUGGUUAAAAUUUAAAAAUUUAAGAUUUUAUUUUUAAAUCACAGAAAAUCACAAAUUUAUAUUCAGUACAUUCUCGACUGUCUUGGAAAUGUGGACCUUAUGUUGGGUGCGUUAUAAACACUUAACACCCUACACCUACUGGGUAUACGGGUCUGAAACUUUACAUUUGAAUUUCUCUUGCCAAUUAAUGCAGUAUUAUACGCUUAUUAGACAUCUUCUCAAUUUCUCAGCAUUUAAAAAAAAUAAUCUUUUUCCACUUCCAACGUUGUAUGAUUUGAAAUUUACAUACAAUUCACGUCGUUGCUCUUCUUCCGAUUCCGUGUUCAUGUUCAGUCUCUCAGUGCUCGGUGGUCAUUUUUUACUUUCUUUUUAGAUGCGCUGUAUCAAAGUGUGUUUGUAAGUUUUAAGCUCUAUGUCUACAAUUAGGCUACCAACUCCAUUAAAAACUUGGAAUAACAAAAUAUAAUAAAAUUAUUAUGCCUUUCAAUAAGUUUAUAAGAAUCAACGAACAUGUAUAGCCUGAUUGAUUUUGUAUUAACCAUACAUUGUGACAUAAAUCAUAAUAACAAUAAAAGAACUCAAUAGUGUA